AUGGGGCUGUUGAUGUCCCUCCCAAUUGCUGGUGGUCUCACCACCAUCGGGACUUCAUGUCUGGGUGGGCUAGCCUUCUGUUUUACCUCCACAGCUGCAUCUAUGUUCUUCAAGUCUUGCAAUUGUAACUCCUCAAUUGCUACCCGUGUUGGAUUCGCCAUCAUACUGGCUCUCAAUUCCAUUCUCGCCUGGAUCAUGAAGACCGACGCCGCUAUCCGCCUUAUCGAGAAGUGGAGUUUCGAUUAUAUCAAGAUGACAUGCAAAGGCGAGAAAUGCUACGGAGUGCUCGCCGUGCAUCGCAUCUGCUUCGCCCUCUCCCUCUUCCAUCUCAUCCUCAGUUCUGUAUUGAUAAAUGUCCGAGAUACACGUGAUAAACGCUCUGCCAUUCAGAACGGUUGGUGGGGUCCUAAAGUCCUCCUCUGGUUUAUCUUCCUUGGCCUCUCUUUCCUCAUUCCUAACGGUUUCUUUAUGUUCUGGGGAAAUUACGUCUCGCUCAUCGGCGCCACAAUAUUCAUCCUUCUUGGCCUUGUCCUCCUUGUCGACUUUGCACACUCUUGGUCCGAAACUUGUCUGGAUAAUUGGGAGCACUCUUCAUCAAACCUCUGGCAAUGGACGCUGAUCGGUUCGACUGCGGCUAUGUACGCGUUUACCAUUACGCUUACCGGGCUUCUGUACGCCUACUUUGCUGGGACGGGAUGUACCUUAAACCGUGUCUUUAUCUCUUUGAACCUUGCCUUGUGCGUCAUCGUUACCAUCAUGUGUGUCCACCCAGUUGUACAAGAGUACAACCCCCGUUCGGGUCUGGCCCAGUCCGCGAUGGUUGCAGCCUAUUGCACAUACCUCAUUGUUUCCGCAGUCAGUAACCACACACAUGAAACCGCACAAUGCAAUCCUCUACGGGAUGGAAAAACCACGCGUAAAGCAGUUCUUGUCCUUGGAGGGGUGUUCACUUUCUUGGCGGUCGCUUACUCCACAACCCGUGCAGCGACGCAAAGCCGCGCUUUGGUAGGAAAGGGAAAGAAAGGGCGCGUUCAGCUACCCGCAGACGAUGAAGGUCACUCGGAACUGGGCAUUGUUUCCACACAACCCGCUAGGACCGAGUCCCCUCGCUAUCAAGCCUUGCUCGCUGCUGUUGAAGCUGGUGCAAUUCCUGCCUCUGCUCUUUACGAGGAGGAAGAUGAAGAUGACGAAGACGACAAUCUUGGCGAGACUAGAGACGACGAACGCACAGGGACACGUUACAAUUAUUCCUGGUUCCAUAUCAUCUUCGCCAUUGCGUCUAUGUACGUUGCCAUGCUUUUAACCGACUGGAACGUCGUUUCCAAGCACCCCAUCAAUGGUCCAGCUGACCCGGACUCGGAUGUUUAUAUUGGGCGCUCAGAGGUAGCAAUGUGGAUGAGGGUAGUCUCGAGCUGGGUGUGUAUGCUUUUGUACAUGUGGAGCCUGAUGGCUCCGGUUUUCAUGCCAGAGAGGUUUGAUGACCUGUGA